AUGCCCAAUCGACUUGGCAUUUCCUCCAUGUCUCUAGGACGGGCAUGGGCCGGCCAUACAAUGGAGGAGAAGCUCUCACAGGCUGCCGCGCAUGGGUUUCAAGGCGUGGAAAUUUUCUUCGAAGAUAUCGAGUAUCUGGCUGGAUCCGUACCUGGUGAAGAGCUUCCGGCUGAGCAGCAAAUCCACGCGGCCAAAAUAAUUCGGCAAUUAUGCGACAAACAUGAUCUUACCGUCAUCUGUCUCCAGCCGUUCCUGUUCUACGAAGGACUGAAAGACCGAAGUGAACAUUCCCGACGAAUCGAAAAGCUGAAGAUUUGGUUUCAGUUGGUGAAGAUUCUCGGUACAGAUCUCGUUCAAAUCCCUGCCAAUUUCUUACCAGCCGCCGAAAUCACUUCCGACGUCGACGUUAUCGUUCAAGACAUGAUUGAAGUUGCAAAUAUGGGUCUUCAGCAGGAUCCUCCCGUUCGUUUUGUCUACGAGAAUUUGGCAUGGGGUACAUACAUUGACACCUGGGAAGCGAUGUGGGAAGUGGUCGAGAAAGUUGACCGUCCUAAUUUUGGUUGCUGCUUGGAUACAUUCAACAUCGCCGGUCGCAUCUGGGCUGAUCCUGCGUCGAUUGAUGGCACGGUCCCCAACGCCGAUGCUGCUCUUAAGGAAUCAAUGGAGCGUUUGGUUCAAAGGGUUGAUGUGAACAAGGUUUUCUAUGUCCAAAUUGUGGAUGCUGAGCGCCUUGAUACCCCUCUUCUCCAGGGCCAUGAAUAUCAUGUGGCUUCUCAACCACCAAGGAUGAGCUGGAGCCGGAAUUGCAGGCUGUUCGCUUUUGAGACUGAAAGGGGCGGCUAUUUGCCGGUUGUCGACAUUGCGAAGGUUAUCUUCCAACGCCUUGGCUACGAAGGUUGGGUGUCACUGGAACUGUUCUCGAGGACUAUGGCUGAUCCUGGUCCUCAAACUCCGAGAGAACAUGCGAUGCGAGGAAGUAAAUCGUGGAAAAGGCUGAAACAGGAAUUGAGGAUCUAA